CAACCCCCCCUAGAAGUGGCACAAAAUCCACGCUGAACCGUAGCCCACCCGAUCACAGCCUUCCCGUGGCGCGCGUUUUUUGGCCUUUUCUCCCUUUUUCUUUCAUUAAUUUAUUAUUAAUUAUUAAUUAUUAAAUUAAUAUUAUUCACAACCAAUCAGAGCUAUAUAAUCCCCUGUGCUCACCCCCAUACUUUCGGCCCUUCCAACUAACUUUCUUCAUCACACCCAAACUUCAAUAUCUUCAACAUUUUCCACUCUUCUCUCUCUCUCUCUCUCUCUCUUCCCCAAAAUUAAACAGCUGAAUAAUUGAGAUUCUAGAGAGAGAAUUUCGAAACAGCUGGAUAAUUGAGAUUCUAGAGAGAGAAAUUUUCAAACUGGUUUUUCCUCCGCCUUUUGCAGCCGGAGAAGAAGAUGAUGCAGGCGAGUUCGGUAAUCUCGCUCUCGCCCAGCUUCAACAGCUAUUCCAACACCGAAAUCGCCGCAAUCGCGGCGCGUGUAGUCGACGAAUUCGCUUCCGAGGAAUUCUACGACGAGUUCUACUUCGAUAGGGGAGGAGGAGAGAUUCCAUCCUCCGGAGAAGAUGAAAAUUCAGAUUCCGUCGAACACGAAGAAUUCGAAUUCGCUUUCGCGACGACCAGAGAUUCCGAUUUAUCCGCUUCCCCUGUUUCCGCCGACGAGAUCUUCCACAACGGUCAGAUCCGACCGGUUUACCCUGUUUUUAACCGGAAUUUGUUCGUGGAGUUUCAAAACGGCAACGAAAAGGUAAACGGCGUUCGUGAUUCGUCCCCGGAGAAAGGUCCGGCGAUUCGGCUUCCGUUGAGGAAGCUGUUUAUCGCGGAGAGGGAAUCGACGAUGACGACUACGAGCUCUUCGUCGUCGGAGGUGGAUGAUCUGGACGGCGUUCCGGCGGAGACGUACUGCGUGUGGCAGCCGAAGGAGGCGGCGGCGGCGGCGGAGGAUCUGCGCAAAAAGAGCAGCUCCGCCGGCUCUAAUUCGAAGAGAUGGAAAUUCAAAGACCUGCUGUAUAGGAGCCACAGCGAUGGGAUUAAGGACAGUUUCGUCUUUUUAAGUCCGAGCAACAGUGGAAGGAAAAAGGAGAACGAAGAAAGAGGUGGGAAAGUGAAACCGGCGGCGGCGGCGCCGCCUCCGUCCCCGCCGUUGUACAGCCGGGAUGUAGUGGGGAAGCGGCGGUCGUACUUGCCGUAUAAACAGGAUUUAGUGGGCUUUUUCUCUAACGUAAAUGUCAAUGGAUUCAGUAAAAAUUUGCAGCCAUUUUGAAAAUUUAUUAUAUUUAUUUUAUUUAGUGAGGUUUCGUGUGGUAAUGUAUAUGAAAUUGUUUUUAUAAUUUAUUGUAAAAUUAGUAUUUGUAUUUUAAAUUUAGGGGCAAUUUGCUAAACAUCCUUCGACUAUAAUUUUCUUUCAUUACAGGACAGUUGUAUUUUUGUAUAUAUACAUUUUAGACCAAUAAUAAAUAACUUG